CAAGGAUCGGUUUCGCCAUGGUUUGGGGCAGGGCGUCCCUACUUCUGGUCAUUUGCGGGGGCUUAACCAUGCUUGUGAGGUCAACCGUCAUGAUUCUUGGAAGAACCAUGGCAUCCGGCUUGUGAAGUUGCUUCAACUCACUUCUUCGAAUUGGCUCCAGCAAAAAGGUUUGUCUUGCGACGUGUCUACGUCGUGUCCUUUUUGACGGAGGAUCCAUUUGCAUGGAGAAGCCCAUCUUUACUGACUCCGGGACGCCCCGUGAGAUCCUGCUCGUCAGCAAGAAGCAGGUGGACGUACAUGCGUUGCGAGAGUUGCGCGAGCUUCCCCAGGCGCGGCGCGAGGCCAAGACGAAGGAGAUCCGGAUCGGUGCGGAGGUGUUGAAGCAGAAAGGGAGAUUUCCCACGAGGCGGCGCUGCCAGGAUUUUCCCUGUGCGAUCCUCUUCCUAGCGACACUUUUUGCAUGGCUUGGCUUCAGCAUUUUGUGCGUGAAGGGAGUAGCCAGUGCUGAGAAUGAUGACGCCGAUUUCCAAGACGGCGCAACUGUGGAUCACCAAGCUGGACCCAUCAGACAUGGUUGGGGUCUCAUUCAAUGGGCCAUGACCAUCCACUUGCCAGGCUUUCUUGGAAGCAUGGGCGCUGUGAUCACGGCCUUUGGCCUUCUGUUUGCCAUCCGAAUCUACCCUCGUCCAGUGAUCUAUGCUUUGCUCCUCUUAAUCCCCAUCCUAUGUGCUGUUGGGCUCAUCGGUAUCGUCAUCCAGAUGCGAAGACAUGAGGCACAGUGGUACGUGGCCCAGUUCGCAGCAGGGUGUCUUCUGUUGUUCGGAUUUGUUUACGGUCUUUGUACAUGGUGCUGCUGGUACAAAUGCAUAGAUUUUACGGCUCAGAUCUUUGAGAUGGUGGCAGACAGCUCCUAUGAGUAUCCACGGAUGAUCCUCGUAUCCGUUUUGGGUGCUCUGUUAGUUCUGAUCUGGUGUUUUCUUGUGUCUGUGGCGUUUACACUCGCGAGCUUAAAGCACGAGAAAGAUUACGCAGAUCAAAACAAGAACUUGACAUUUUCCGUCGGCAUUGCUUUUAGUGCGCUGCUUGUGCUAGGAAGCAGUGUCAUCAAUUUACUCUGUCACACGACCUACUGCGGCAUUUUCAGCCGAUGGUACUUCUCUCAAGAUGGAUUGUUGCUGGUAGAUAGUCUGCGUGACGCUGCGACGACGUCUUUUGGUAGCAUCUGCUUUGGAGCCUUCGCUGCAGCCCCCAUGAAACUGCUGCUCUAUGUGCUGAGGUCAGCUCACUGGUCAGCAGAUCAGGCAAACUCAACCAGCCGUGCCGUGGCCUGCGUUCUGCAAUUGUUGAUCAGCUGCACCGGAGAUUUGGUCGAGUACUUCGACGAAUGGGCACUCGUGCAGUGUGCGAUACGCGGCACAUGCUUCUGUGAGUCCGCCAAAGCCACCUAUGCCUUGAUUCUUUGCAACGGCCUUGGUGCAGCAGUCCUAGGUGAUUUGCUCUUGAAUUCGCUGUCAACUCUUGGAUGCCUCUUCUGCGGCAUGAUCGGCUGCGGUCUGGGGGCGCUCAUGAACUCCGCCCUGCACCCCGCCGCCGCAACCCCCGUGUGGAUCUCGAGUCUUGUGGGCGGCGUCCUCGCGGGCGGCACCGUGCUGCGGCUCUACAGCAGUGGAAGCCAGGCGAUGAUCCUCUGCUGGGCGGAGAAGUCAACGCCACUGCACGAAAGCCAUGGAUUUGAGGAUAUCCAUACGGAGCUUCAGGCGAAGAUUCGAGAAUCGGAAACGUCUUGAGCAGAAACGUCUUGCGCAGCGAUGGAUGGGUGGACUGGAGACAUCAUGCCAUGAGUGACAAAACAUCUGAAUAGAGGAUGGAGUUUCUUGCUCGGGCCGGUCUUUUGCGAAGCCUGGCUCAAAUUUGCUUUGAAAUCGGGAGGCUUCUUUGACUUGAAGCUCUAAAGUUGAGCUUUCUUUCUGACCAAGUUACUCUGCUGUGUUAAACAUUGUUUUCUGUGUGAGCUGUCAUUGAGUUCUUCUGCAAACACACUCGGCCAAUGAUUCCAUUCUACGAGAUGCGUCAACACAAGCUAUGUGAGAAUCAUCACGAACUUCCUGCCAAAGAUUGGGAAGAUGCCGUUGUUGGUUUGAACCAAACAAGCCAGCGAGAAGAUGGAGACUGCUUUCUGGCUCCUGCAGUGCGAAAGCGUUCUCGGCAGGGCCAAAGUAUUUCAAGCAGUACUCUCAUUUUCCAGAAGCUUGGGAAAUGGACGGUGCCAGUGCAAUUGUUCUGGCAGACGUCAUAGAUGUAUCCUUAUCGCUUGC